UGGCCUUUACAAUAGAACACUUUGACGCCUCGGAGAACGACACUGCGGCGCAAGCGGCACGCUACAAGAACAUGAUGGAGCGCUUUCAGAGUCGCCAUCGUCGUGGCGCUUCCAUGUCCAAGCUGGAGACUGAGACGAGCAUGACGACACCGACGGCGACAUCGUCGACGACAACAAAUGGCACAAGUGGCCGGCACUCACAGCGCAGCAGUCUCGACGCCGGCAGCAUGAUGGCACAUGAUGAUGGCUCGGCAGCUGCCACGCCCACCACGGAAGCGGCAACGCCGGCGGUGAAAAUGCGUGUGCGUGAACGCAGCGCUUCCCGUGUGCGAGACGCUUCCAAGCGGCACAGCUGGUCGCCACGCAGCUCAGCAACCAGUGGCCACAUGGAACCAGCAACAGCACCAACAGUAACUGCUCGUGUCAGCAGCAGAUCGAAACAAAUGCAACCGACGGCACCGCCCAAGGGUGCGUCCAAUUUGCUGGCGAAUCGCACAGGGCAGUUUACGCCACGUUCGACGGCCAUGCAGCUGGCGUUGCAGCAAGUGGAGCUGCUGUGUCCGCAUCCGCCGCUGGACGAUGUCAAGCAGGUGGCCGAGGAGGAUGCGGUCAGUGAGGCGGGCACCUAUACACUGGAUGGAGACAACUAUACGGAGGAGCAAAAGGAUCUCAUGAACAUUGAUCGCAAUGCAGGCAAGUUGCGACCCAAGCAGCUGGCUGUGAAACCGCAUCGUGGCAGCAAUGUGCUGGAGGUGAAUUACUAUCACGAGACGCCGCAGCAGGAGCAGAAGGGCAACAGCAGCAAUGCCAACACAACUGCCGCUUAUCUGGAGCAGCUGAAAUCGCGUGUGUUGCGCCAGCAACCAGUGGCAACAACGACAACAACUGCAGCUGCACAGGCGCCACCAACACCGCCAUCGCCACGCACACCGGUCGCCGCCGUUGCUGCCGAUGUGGGCUGCUUUACGAGCGUAACGACGAGCGGUGUGCUGGCCAAGCAGCGAGCACUGGACACGCAUCCGAACAAGACACGUCACGCCUCGCACAGUCUGUCCACGUCGCAGAUCGAUAGCUCCGAGUAUGUGAGCAACGAGGCAAAGCUACGUCACGCCCAGGCGAUGGCUGGCAGUGCCACGGAUCGCCAGAAGGCCGAGUAUCGCCUCAAUGUGUUCACCACCAGCACGACGCAACAGCAUCAUCAUCAGCAUCAGCAUCAGCAUCAGCUGCCCGAGACGCCGACAACGCCAACGAUGACGGAGGCAGCGUUGCUGCAGUCGGCGCCCACAAAACAGGAUUGGAUACAGGAAUGGGCGCGUAAUGCGCGUGCCCGCAGUCUGGCGCAGGAUGUGAGCAGCAGCUCGGCCAGUCGACGCAAACAGCAGGCGCAGGCACAGCUCAUGACACGCAGCUACAACUGCUCGGACACGGCGGGCGAUUCGCUGACCGAUGACAGCCUCAGUUUGUACAGCCAACAGCAACAGCAGCAGCAGCAACGUCAAUAUGCUAAUGCGGCAGCAAAGCUUAAUCGCAGCCUGGCGGAACGCUAUCGGCUGCUGGGUGACUGUGACUACGCGAGCGAUCCGGCGUUGUGCAGCCAUGGCGCUGCCGUUGGUCAAAUGCAGUUGCCGGGCGAGCCAUAUAAGCCGCCCAAGAGUCCCAGCAAGAUACCAUCGCCGCUGCACACGCUGGGACGUGCGCGCAGUGCCAGUCGCUCCAGGCCAGCCAUCGAUCAACAGCAGCUACAGCAACAACAGCAGCAGCAGCAAUCGUCGUCGUCGCGUCGCAGCUCGGUCAAAUCGCCGGCAGCACAAUGCAGUCCACAGCAUAGUUUGGAGACGGGCUACAGACGCUCGCCAUUGCAUCGCGCUCUCAUGACCAGCAGCAUCAAUGAGGCACAACUGCAGCUGCUCACCAGCGGCGAGUAUCUGCUGAAGCAGCUGCAUCGUCGCAAGAACUCGCUGGACGAUGUCGAGCACGAAUUGCCGCCAGCGGUUGCUGGUUCCAUAUCGCCGCUACGACGCUCCAGCUCCUUCCAGCAGCAGCAACGUGGAGUACACGGUGUGCGUCAGGCGCGUCCCAAUUUCCAGAAUUUAUACACGCCGCCAGCGGCGCGACACGUGCAACAACAGCAGCAGCUGCAGCAGCAACAGUUGCAGCUGAAGAAGUCGGCGAGCAGCAACAACUUUGAGCAAUCGUACAGUGACUACGACAAUGAGCUGCAGUACUACAUCAACGAUGAGGAUGAACUGGGCACCACAGGACCGUAUUACUCCAGCGGCGAAGAGGACAUCGAUGUGGACGAUGUGCAGCAGCAGCAGCAGCUGCAACAGCAACAGCAUCAUCAGCCGCAUGCCGGCGACGCGUCGGUGCCGCUGAGCAAUACGCGACUCAACAAGGCACUGCUGAUGCGCAUCGAGCGCAGCAAACAGCGUGUGGCUGGCAACGGUGCUUCAACUGAUCGUCAGACGCCAGCCAAACCGAGUUCGGCGCCGGCGGGCAAACUGAGUGCGGCUGCUCAGGCAGCGGCCGGACUUGUGGCAUGCCCCAAUACGCCCGAGUUGCCGCGACGUGGCAUCAAGAGUGCACCGCGUGCCGCGUCGGGCUGCGGACCCAAGACGCGUCAGUCGAUGCCACGUGAAACGAGUCUCAGUCGACUGGCGCAACAGGUGCCCAGCAGUUUGGCCAAUGAGAAGCAGCUGCUGCAGACGGCGAAUGCGACGGCACGGGAGCAGCAACAGUUGCGUGUGCAGCCCAAGUACCUGGACAUUUCCAAGUACAAGUCGGCGCAGUCGAAUAAUUUUCUGCGCAAAAACGAUUCGAAGAGCACCCUAAAACCAACGGAUCAAAUGAAACGCAGUCCCAGCGCCUCAUCGAUGGGUCUCAGCCGGGGCGAAUCGAAUCGUGCCAGCAAUCGCAGUGUUCGCUCCGCUGUCUCAGUGAUGAACAGCAGCACCACAUCGCUGGGUGGCGGCACACGUGCCACAUCUGCGGUGCGACGCGAUGCCUCCGUGAACAAGCAAAAGGAGGCAGAGAUGGUCAUGUGGAAGCGACGCUCCACCUACGAUCCCAUGAAGGCAGCCGCUGAGGAUCGACGCCGCAAGGAAGAGGCACGCCGUGCCCAAAGUCAGAGCCAAGCACAGCGUCAGCUUAGCGAUGUGCCCGACGAGUUGCCAUUCGAAAGUACCCAAAGGCCGGCCAACAAUUUGACCAUUACGGGAAGCGUGAAUUACAGCCCAAGAAACUCAAUGGAAAACGACGCCUGGAUGCUUGGUGAAUCAUCAGAGUUUGGCGAGUAUCCCGAGGACUACGAUGAGGAUGUCGAGGAGGAUGAUGAAUAUGUUGCCGGUCAAGAGUCCGAUGAUGUAUUCGAGGCCGAAAGAGCAGAGGCAACAAGUUAAAAAAGAACAAGGAAAAAGAAAAAAACAAAAUGAAGGAAAACCAGCAACAGUGAUAUCUUUAAAUCGAUCUAAUGAUCAUUAUGAAUAACAAUACGAGAACUCGUAUUAUGAAAUAUUGUAUUUGAUAGCAAGCGCAUUGCGAUUUAGUUAUAAUCUGAUCAGAUCUGAUAUCUGCUUAACUGAAUAAUUUAUAUGAAAUGAAGUAUAUAUACGUAUAUAGCAUAUAGAAGCAAGUGCGAAAUAAAAUGAGUGAAUGCUUUCUGAAAUAUCAUCAACAAAUAUUAUUUACGAUGCUGUCCAAAAACGCCAUAAAACAAUACUACUUACAUACUUAUAUAUUUAAACGAUUUUAAAUGACGAUUAUCAAAUCAACUGGUCACAUUUUCGGUUUAAUAGAACUACAAAUACUCAAAGACAGAUCUGGACACAGUGCUCAGCAAGCGGGCGGAUUCAAUUUGCUAUAAAAACUAAAUCCUAUCUAAAUGGAAUUGAAAGGAUUAGCUCGCUAGCUAAAGCACUGUCCUAGUUUCUGAACAUAAAUCGAAUUGUCAGUAGAUUUUAUAUGCAUAUUGUAUGCUUAUCCUAUAAUGAUGUAUGGGUAAAGAUAUAGUUUUAUAUAUAUAAAAAAUACUUAUGAGUAGAAAUUAUUUAUGUGGUACUUGCUUUUAAAUCGCGUUCAUUGCGUUACUUUAAGCGACUUUCAACUGAACAAAUCUGAUUAAUUCAUUGACCAAGUAAUUGAUCUAUAUCUAGUACUGUACUAUAACUGCAUACAUACAUAUACUCUAAAAUUGGUGUCGGUGUCCAUUUUAUUAGCUGCUCUGCAAGUGGUAUCAACGAUUUCGUGCUUCUAGUUCAAAGGAUGCCACUUGAGAUAUUACAAGAGAGCGGCUACUUGAUUUUAAUGAUUUGAAUACAUUUACAAUAUAUUUUAAAUUGCUAGCGUCGAAAAUAAUUUUAAAUUUUUUGUAAAUUUUCCAAAACAAAACGUAUUGUACAAUUUG